AAAAAAAACAUUCUAAACCCCAACCCCAAUCCACUUCAUUUUGAAGAAACCCAUCUUAGCUGUCUCUCUGCACUUCUAGUUGGAUUGGAGGCGCGCCGAACUCAACCUGCCGGAUAACGUGGACGGAGCUGGUUCUCUUCCGCCGGAAACAGUGAAAAAAAUUCUUCCAGUUGUGCUAGUUUUGAAUGGAUAUGAGGAUUUCAUCCGCAACUACCAACUCCAGCUUGAUUAGAUUCAGUGGCAUUCUUCAGAAAGUAUUUCCUACGAGAAUUAAAUAUGGAAAUGAUCAUUUUAGAAAUCUAUCCAUAUGCACUACUACCUCACCAACAUCAUCAACAACAACUUUGAUUAUUAAGCCUCCAUCAUUUACAGCAUUUGCUUCACCGGCACCGGCCGAUGUUCCGCAACGUUCAGAAGAAUGGUUUGCCCUUCGUAAGGACAGACUAACAACGAGCACGUUUAGUACUGCAUUAGGGUUUUGGAAAGGUAGUCGCCGUGCUGAGCUGUGGCAUGAUAAAGUAUUUGCAUCAGAUACCCAAAUUGUCGAAUCUGUUCAAAGAAAUGCUAUGAAUUGGGGAGUGCUGAAUGAGGCGGUAGCUGUUGAAAACUAUACGAAAAUUACCGGGAGGGAAGUGACUUCGAUGGGGUUUGCAGUUCAUUCGAAGAAGUCUUAUGAUUGGCUUGGUGCGUCGCCUGACGGUGUUCUUGGUACCGGAAUAUUGGAAGUUAAGUGUCCUUAUAAUAAGGGUAAGCCUGAGACAGGUUUGCCAUGGAAAACCAUGCCAUUCUAUUACAUGCCUCAAGUUCAGGGUCAAAUGGAGAUUAUGGAUUUUGAAUGGGUUGAUUUGUAUUGUUGGACGCCGAAUGGAAGCACUAUAUUUCGUGUCGUCAGGAGUCGUGAAUAUUGGGAUAUAAUACAUGGGAUUCUUAGAGAGUUUUGGUGGGAAAACGUGAUUCCGGCAAGGGAAGCUUUGUUGUUAGGGUGUGAAGAGCAGGUAGAGUCUUAUAAGCCUGCAUCUACACAUAAAUUGACUGGAUUAGCAAUUGCGAAAAGUAUCAAGUUAGCUAGUGAAUCAAAGCUAUUAUGCAGAGAAAUUGCAGGUCAUGUUGAAUUUUUUACAUGAUUCUAGUCUACAUGUUGUAACUUGUAAGUUGAGCAAUUGGAUUGAUUCAAUUUUUUAAUCUGGUUCUAAUUUUCUGCACUGCCUUUGGCAUUCUUGUAUCUUAGAAACAAGUUAUACUUUUAAUGAAGAAUAUCUUUCAAGAA